ACGUGAAAGUAUCUGCUAGAAGUUGGGUAGACAUUAAUUGAUAAUACAGUAUUCACAGUUACUGUUAGAAGGUAAGAAUGAUAAGAUUUGUUAUAAUACAGUUAGCUUUUCUGACUGUAGCUCUUGCAGAAAAUAUUGUCACACACAACUGCUCUUCAGCAGCACAGAAUUUCUCCAUAAGUCAUUUAAGUGUCGAUCACUUACCCAUAAAAAUUGGAAAUAAUGUAACUAUAAAUUUCGAUGCCAAAUCUUUAAUGAAUGUUCAAGAAGGCACCAAAGUAGAAGUCAGUGUUACGUAUAUACUUUUCACACUUUCUUGCUCGAAUUAUGAAAAAUUCUGUUUCGAUGUUUGUAAAAUAGUAAAAGAAGGUUCUGUUGAUUGCUUAAUUAAUGGCCAACCUUGUAAACAGUGUCCUAUCAAACCUGGAAAUGUACAGGUUCGACGUCUUGUAGUUGAGACCCCAAGUGUGCCACUGUUACCUGAUGCGAAGGUAACAAUAACAGUGCAAGCAUUCGAUCCUAAAGGAAAUUUAUUGGGGUGCGUGAAAGCUGACAAUGUUCCAGUAUCGAAAUAAAAUAUCUGUACGAGAUCUUCUGCUGUACAAAAUAAAAUUUUAAGUAUAGAAA